GCGUAUAUUACACAUGUGCGUGACGCUCGUCAUAGAAACUCUGGGCGUUGCACCGUAGCUUGCUCAUGUGCACACGUUGACGCCGCAUGCCUACCCUCACGAUAAUGCUUCAUUUCUCCUCUGCACACGAUUUCUUCCAUAGCUGGCCGUCCAUAUGUUUGUCCGUUUCUCUAAUGCUCGCGUAAUACGAUAGCAGACGCUACCCCAUCUGUACGUGAUAAGCAGAGACGUGUACAUACAAGCACACGUACUUGUACUUGUGACGCAUGACUAAAGGAAUCUCGGUGAAACGAGAGUUUCGAGAGCCGUUGCAGCGGCUCCGCCCGUGCGUUUAGCCGCUUAGUGGUUACAGGUAGGUAUGCGAGUAGGCGCCAUCGUGACCGCCUACAGGGAGAUACACUUCCACAUUGAUACGUGGACGAAAGUGCGGGCCGGCUGAACGCGCAUAUGCAUUUAUAUGACAUGCGAUCACAAGAUUUUAUUUUCAUAAAAUUACGAUCGUGCUCGAUGUAUUUUAAUAGAAAUAAACAAUCAAGAUAUAACGCAUAAAUUUAUUACUACCAAUUAUACUACUAAUUUCUUAUUAUAGCAUAAUAUUCUAAGACGUUACUGCAAAUAUUAAAUAACAGAUAUUCAUGACUCUUAUUCAGAAAUAACAUUUACCAAAUGUAAUUUAAUUUAUCAAGAAAUUGUUUGACAAGUAUUGAGGGAGAAAGCUGUUAUCUCUGUUUAGAAUAUCCAGAGGCAUAAAUUAUUUGAGUUUAAAAAAUGUAUGAGCAGUUACGCACACAGCUAAUCUGUCUUUGCUCGUAUGUAUGAUUAGAUUCGAAGCUAUGCACGCAUAUAUGCAAUGAGCAUUCUAUAUAUGCAUACAUGCAUUAAAGUGUGUAUGCAUGACACGUGCACGUGCGUGGUAUGCAUUGCGUAUGUAUAUAUGUAUGUUUAUAUGUGUGUUUUGUGUAUUUUUGUAACAUUUGCACAGUACAUAAAUAAGUGUAGAUUAUAAACUCUAUUGUAAACUCUAUUAUAAACUUUAGAAUUCAACGACUCGCAUUCUUUACCCUGGAUAAAAGAUGAAUGUGCAUACAUACACAGUUGUUUCCCAAUGACCAUGAUCGCUUAUCGCACUUCCAUUCGCAACAUGUCAUAGUUCACGAAUUCUUUCAGUCAUUCCGCUGUUAUCGAGUGACCGUACUUUCAACGGAAUAUAUUAUGUACUCAUAUCAGUUGAGAAUACAAAUAUUUUCAUAAAAUUAUAAAUGCAGGCUAUAAUAUAUCGGAAUGUAUUUUAUGUAUGAUGAAAAAGUAGUAGUGUUCUAAAUAUUAAUCAUUAAAUUAGGAACGCAGUUUAUUUAUUUUGCGAUUUGUAUCAUAUUGGAUAAAUAACGUCUUUUAUACAGUUCAGAGAGAGAGAGAGAGAGGGGAGAAAAUAGUGAAGUAAGAAUUUAAAAGACGCACAAUUAUAAAUAAAAUUCGACUUCAGAAAUGAUAAAAUUUGAAAGCCUGAAACAAAUUCUGGCAACAGUGGUCAGCACAAAACAUGCAUUGCAAAAUAAUACGAAUUUUUGAACGAUGGCCAACUUGACGAAAAUUUAACAGGAUUCUGGGAUCAACUCCGACGAAAUAGAUAUUUGCACGCAUUUGUUGUUUUUACCAAGAGAUUUAAACUUCUAUUCUAAUAAAUCAAACUAAAAAUUAUCUAUAAAAAAUGAAGACAAAUUUUUUUGUAAUUGCAAAACUCGUGCUCCUAUUUUCUUUAUAUUUAAAAUCAAUACGAAUAAGAUAGACAAGAGCCACGAACAGUGGAUUGGAAGCAAGGUGUUGCAAGUCGGAACAUCAGUAAAUAGAGACUUGGCCCGUCUAUUUUUUUUCUCUUCGUUGUUCUUUGACAUUCCUAUAGUCUGCUCGAAGGGCAUAUCUGUACAUAAAUACGUAGAAGAGUACAGAAAGCGAAGGCUACUACAGCCACAUGAACGAGCGCGAAGAAAGAAGAGAGACAGAGAAUGGUCGACGUACAUCAUUUGGGCGCCGAGAAGUCUGGCUCGACCAAGCCAGGCCAGAGGCGCGUCUCUGGUUACGCGACUAUUUGGGGCGCCAAGCUGGUGGCCACAGCAAUGUGGCGGUGAACGGGGAUUGGAGAAGGAAGACGGGGCAAGAAGAGGGUGUAGGUAGGCGUCGAGCAACGUCCACCGUGCUAAAGAGAAGCUUGCAGGGCCGGCGAAUGAGGAGAAAAGCAGGAGAUCGCCAAAGGGGGCUCCACAGGCCACAUUCCAGAAGAAUGCGAGUUUUCAAACAUACCUGGCCUGCGUGAAUGUAGGUCCAUGACCGAUCCUAUAAUACGCACACAGCGAUCUCCUGCGAGCUGCAUUCGUUCCUCGUCUCACCUCUCCUACGUCGACCGUUCGAACGAUUCCCUCCAUAGCGCGUCCCUUCCCCCCUAAUGCUGCUCUAUUGCACACAGACAUAUAUACGUACACGUAUAUACCCUCCCUUCCCUGUUCUCCAUCAUGCUCUCCCUUUCUUCGUCCCUCGCGCUCACCCGAACGACCAGGCCGACCGAGCUGGCGACACCCUGUCUGGCAAGACCGGCCGGCGGACAAAAGAGGGGGCGCCCGAGUGCUGCGUUGCCACGUCCUCGAUCUUCGUGCUGCGCCUACCUUCGGCCCCAAGGACAAAUCCGACGAGCCGUGCCAGCCGUCGUACUGCACUAGGCGACUGCCGGUCUGCUGCUGCUGCCUCGAUGUUUUCCUUAUGAUGCUUACCGUCAAUAUUAUAUUGAACGAAUACUCUCGACUGUUCGCGGAAGCACGAGAGGCAGAAUAGGAUAAAUGAAGAAGAGGCAAAAAGCAGGACAAAGAGCAGAAAAAUAAAGGAGAGCUAAAAUUAUACGUUUGCUCGACUUGUGAUUAAUUUAUUGCAUCAGUACGAAUUAAAUAAAAAAUAUUGAUAAAUUACUAACAUUAUUGUGGUAUAACGGACACGUUAUUAAUUACUUGUAUAGAAAAUUGACAGGGAGAUCUCUGUUUCAAGGAGAUGGAUAGUGGAAUACUUGAGCGAUGAAUCGUACCUAUAUAACUACGUGAAGGCCGAGGAGGCAGGUGCCUUCUUGCCGCUAUUGCUGCACGACGGACGUGCUCAAAAGGGGGCCUCAUCGUGAUCGGCGGGCACAAGAAUAGCCGCCGUGAUUCUUGGAAAUAGAGUAGGGUGCCUCUUCAAAGAACUGCGAGAGGAUUCGUCGGCAUCCUUGGUUUCUGCUGGUGGCGCGAAUCGUGGAAAUUUACGAGGCCUCGUCCGUUUCUUUUUAUCGGUCUAUCUUGCUCACGCGCUCGUUCAUCGAAGUAUAUGCGAGCGUGCGGCUUGCGUCAUUGCCUCGCGGGUCUCUCCACGCAUUUGUAUGUGUUGCGGCCUACGUGUGGCUAAGAAGACAUGGCAACGGCGCGUGAAGCUAAACAUAUUAACUGUCGGCUCACGCCACAAAAACAACAUGAUCUCAUUCCACGGCGCAUAUGCAAGAGGCUAUCAUAUACCUUCAAAUCUCAUUCAAAAGCGCCCUCAAUGAUAUGAAAGAGAAAAAAAGAGAAAGAAAAAGAAAAAAUACGAAAUUCUAUUUAUCAAAAAAAUAAUCGUACAUAAAUAAAAUACUGAAAAAUUUAACGCGCAUUUAACGGUAAACUAUGAGAUUGCUGAGUAGAACUAGCAAAAUACGAUAUUGAUAUCACAAAGUUAUAAUGUGGAUUGUUUUAACCCCAAUAAGCUUAGCAUUAGUCGUGAGCUUGUAUGGACAUAAGCGCUUUUCCUGGAAGUCGAGAUCUCGUCACCCACUAGCCGCUUUACCAGACUGUAAAAUUUCCAGUGCUACCGUUGAGUCGAGAGUGCACGUAAGAUACAUGUAUAUUAUAAUAGUCACAUCAUUUUAUGUCGUGACUUACCGUUGGUCUAAAUUAUAUAUACACGUUUCGAUUUUCAAGGAAUACAUCUUACCAUUUAUGUUUAUCUAUCUCAAUAGCUUGCAAUAUUGCUCUUACUCGUAAAAUCUGUACAGAUUCCUUGCCCCCCUUUCCGUAUGUGCUAUAUAAAUGAUAGAAAAUCAUUUGAUUUGUAUUUAAUUCCGUAUAUCGAGAAGUCGAAUAGAGGUAUAAUCAGCUUAAGGAGAAAGGCGAGUAAAAAUUGAGGCUCCAUGCUGGCUGGCUGCGACGGCGAGCUGCUAAGCGGCGCGGCAAGCAGGCAGUCAGACAUCCUCGGCAGACAACAUGGCGCCGAGAGCGUCGUCGUCACGCCGGCGUGACGUUUCCCGCGCGCGUCAUUAACGGAAGUGAGCUUACAAAAUGGCGGAGUUUUACGGCGUUGAGGUGUGAAAGGGAAGAGAGAAAGGAUGGGAUAUGAGAGACGGCCGUGGUGUCUACGUCUGCGAGUAGUUAGAUAGGCAAGCGAAGCAGGAUAGCGAGAGACCAUAGAAAGAGAGAAGGUUAGGUCGGUGGCACAGAGAAAGAAGAAUGACUAGUAGCUGCCUUCAGCAAUGGACUAGCGCCCGCACUAUACGAAUGGGCCAACGGGACGUCGAGGAGGCACUCAUUAGAUGGAAAGAGGAAGAGCGAUGAAGGUGAUACAUUGAACGCAGAAAGCGCUAAACGAAGUGAACAGCGGGUGGGGAUACAUGGAGGAGAGGCUGAGAGUGCGAGAAGAGAGGCUCGAGGAAAUAAGAGAGUGAGAGACAGCUAUAAAGUGGAGGGGAAAGACUAGUGGGAAGCAGCGGCGGUUCUUGUCGGUAGUGGGGAUGAAAAUUAGUUACGGCAUCUACCAAGACCUAAAAGGAACUCCGGCGCCGCACGGUCAGAUCGCAUCGUGCAAUGUUAAGCGUUAAGGUAGUCUCGUGCGUCGUUUUCAGUGCCGGUUUUAAAGUUCAUGGUAGUUGUUAUCUGCGUCGUCAGUAUACUCGGAUUUGCUUUGAUAGUCGGCGUGACGGCCAUUGUCACGAGUGCGACAAGAUAUUGCGUGUAUAUAAUAUUUAAAAAAACUCAUGACCUAUGACGUGAGUGAGGUGCUCAGUGAGGAUAACUCAGUGAAAAUGAUUCAUUCGAAGCACCAGCAAUCAGUGCAUCAACAACACCAACAGCAGAAUAUGCGAAAAUCUGUAGGCGUUAUGGGUACCAGACGUAUUUUUACAACGGUCUUCAAAAUUAAAGUUCUAGAUUCUUAUAGGCACGACAAGGAUUGUCGCCAGAAUCAACGCGCUACUGCGAGAAAAUAUGGUAUUCAUCGCCGUCAAAUACAAAAAUGGCUACAAUGUGAGGAGCAACUCAGAAACAGUGUUGAAAACGGAAAUACUGCUUCGUCGGCGACUAUUUCUUCCGCUGGUGUUCCUAAAUCGGAUGGUACUGUGACGGAAGUUACAGGAACUGUCGUGACUCCUGGAACGCCGGCCUUGAACCUCAACCUCGCCAGACAGCACGGCGACGAGCUGACUACACAGCAAGGGCCCCCACCUCCUCAUCCUCCGCAUGGCAGUGCACCCUCCUCGCCCCAAUAUAGCCUUCAAACUACUACCACCGGUACGGCUUUGCCCCUGUGUAUUACUUCCGUAGGAUAUCAAGAAUAUUCAUCAGAACAGCGUCUUCGUUUGGAGCUCGAAGAAAGAGUCCACAUACCAGAGAUUCAUGUAUAUCCAGACACGCAAGUGGAUCAGGACCGUAAUUACUACGUGUUGAAUGGAGACGGACAGCAAGAUACAGAAACAACGUCUCUUUUCAGCAGCAGAAACGAAACAAAGGUAUAUCAGACUUUGACGAAUUACCAUUCGCCGCAUCAGGAGCAUCGAUACGUAAAUGAUAUCAACAGUACAAGUGUGCAUAAUCAUUCGCCUAAACAUUCGCAGCAACGGGAACAAAAUUAUGGAAAUGUCGAUUCAUUCGACGGAAGAUCGUAUGGCUUGCUACUAGCGCCGUCGAUGAUAAAGACAGAGCCAGCGAGCCCAGACACAGCGGCGACGUCAGGGCUGUACGAGUCAUCGAGCUCUCCCAGCAACUCACGGGCCCCACUCUCGCCGGUAUCGCAUCGAGCUGCCGAUAGUGGCAACUCCUCAUCGUCCGUUCACUUUGUUGACUGCUCACGAACCUCCGCAAGUCCGUACUUGCACGUGCACGCACAUGAACACGCACACGCAUGUCCACCGCUGGAUUCCGAGAAAUCGGUCCCUUCGCUCUUGCACCAGCAGGAGAGAGAGUCGGAGGAGAUGCGGCAUACCGAGGAGAAGAGAGAGGAAGAGAUGUUGGAAAACACAGAUUACUGCAAAGCCGUAGUCAAAGAGGAAUUGGACUUGGAUGAAGAAGAAGCGUAUGACGAAAAGGAAGGAGCUACAUCUUCUUCAUGUAUUGAUUAUCAGCGACCAUUACGAUUACCUGUCGACAAAUCUUUGGGUAGUUCAGGACCGGUAAGCCCGAUGUAUGAUCGCAACGGUUACUCCUUACCAUCGAGUCCUCGUGAUUCUACUAGCGCCGGAAGAUCUAAAAGUAGCUGGUCAGAUAGCGAGAUGGAUCCCCUCGUAUGUUCUAUCAGCAAUGUACAUUCAUUUGGCCAUUUUACACGCAGACGAUCCUUUCCCUUACGCUUCAAGCUUGACGUUCUCGAUGCUUUCCAUCGAGACAAAGAAGUAAAGGAAAAUCAACGAGCCACCGCAAGAAAAUUCGGCAUAAAUCGUCGUCAAGUACAAAAAUGGUUAGAACAGGAAGCAGAACUCAGGGAAGAAAUUGCUCUUCGAGGAGACUUGCGCCAACGAUUAGGCCCUAUCCAGGAAGUCACUUCCGGUGAAUCGCCGUUGGAUCUGACGUUGACAAAUUAUAUUUCGAACUCGACGCAUUUGAGUUCGAAAUACAAGUCAACUGCAUUUGAGUGCAUCGAAAUGCAACUCAACUGCAUUUCAAUGUUGCGUAAUCAAGCUGAGACAGAACAGGAACGAUCGCAUUUCUAUUUCUGCGAUGUUGAUUCUGUUCGUUCGCAACAUACCUCGUAUUAUCAAUACUCUUCUGAGAUAGAGUCAUCUUCCAAGAUAGAACCUAUGGAGCCCUGCAAUCUCUCUUGCUCCGUAGACAAUCGAACGACAACGUCAACGACAACGACAUCCUCUUAUCAAGACUUGUCUUUACGAGAAUCCAACUACACGGAGUCUUCAGUUAAGGCGUACUGUUAUUCGCCUAGAGCAAAUUCUGAAGUGUCUACUCAUUCUGAAGGAUGCGAGCAAAGAUCUUCGCCUCUAAAAAGGCAGCAUUGUAUACUUCCUUGCUGUUGUGAAGUGACGCCGUCGCCAAAACGAUUCUGUUCGGAUGUGGAUGACUCCUACGACGUACCUCCUCAAGAUAUGCCGCUUUGUCUCGUGAAGCCCAAGUUGCCACGGGAUGUCUCUCCUUCUCGAACGGAGCUGAUUACUAUACCAAUCAGUACUGUACCGACUUCGAACAAUCCUGAUGCCAUCACUUUUAAGCCUUAUUUAGACAAUCCCGUGAGUAAACCAGUGAAGAAAUGCGCCGUUCAGAGCGAUUUGUCUUCUAUCAGUAGCCACAACAUGAAUAACAACAAUAACAACAACAAUAAUAACAAUAAUAAUUGCCAGAUUAUUUGCAAUUUUAACGAGGGUCAAAGUCACAAUUAUGAUUUCGAGCUUAAUCUGCGAGUGCCGGUUUCUUGGAGGUCUGGAAGUCUGUAUAGAGGUUUUCCGCAGCAAAGCGCAUUCGUUGGCGUAUCAUCGUUUUACAUGUAAUUUUUUUUUUAACUUUUCCUAUUUUGAUGCGGAUGAUGAAAAGUUGCAUGGAACGAUUAUAAAUCAUCCAUGUUUUGUCUUAUUUAGAUGGAUUUAGAAAAUGACGCUACAAAAAGAUUCCAAAAUUGGCUAUAAAAUUGGCUCGCGUUAUAGUUAAUUAGUUUAGAGUAAAAAUCCGACUGGUAAGUUUCUCGAGUGAAAAUUUGCCAGCAAAAGAUCGAUCGGUACGUGAUCUACUACACGUAGCGGGCCACGUAAGCUCUUAUCGUUUCCACGGAUCGUCGGUACCGUGUUAUACAUCGCGAUAAAGUCUUAAUCGGCCAUUGGACGAACCGAGGUGUGGAAGGAGAUUAUACAUGGUCGCAUCCUCGGCUAGCGCGUCUUCUUCCAACUCCAGCAAAUUUGCUCGAUCCUCUUCCUCUCCGUUUCAUCUACUCCAUAAAAAAUUACGCAGAUAUCUCGGCAGAUUUUUUUCAUCGUUUUAUCGUCGAGAUUAGAGCAUAGUGAUUAUCGGCUAGGCCGUUUAGAGGUCGAAGCAUUUGCUAUAAUUGUAGGAUUAUGUCAGCAUAGCCAUCGCAUCAAAGAAAAGUUUGCGGAAAGCAAUAAUUGGACCGAAGUAUCGUUUUUGCAUGGAAAAAACCAUUUGUUUCUGUUCUUGCAGUAUAAUAUGCAGUACAAUAUAUAAUGAGGUGUAGAAACGAUAAUUAUAUUUCUACAAUAUUUCUUAUUGGAAAAAUAGAAAAUCUUAUUUUACGUUUCUCCGUUGUGGAAUAUUUUCGGCCAAUUUUUGCUUAAUAUAUUUAUUCGAAUUAGUUUAUAGUUCUGUUCAGUUUUUCAUUGUAUAUUACAUUAAACAAAAACAACGAUUUCAAAGCAUAUUUUACUUUUUCCUUAUAUUCCGUGGAAAGCUAUUCGCUGGCAGGCGUUGAUUGCUUGAUUUCUUAGUAGUAUAAUACGACGCGUCACUCAUGAUUUUCUGCAAACUAGUCGCGCGAUUGCAUUUUCAUCAUUGAUCGCGAAUGAAUAUGCAGUUAAUCUGCGAAAAUCAUUUAAUUGCUCAAACAAUUUCUUCCAUGUACGCACGUGCGUCACACGCGUAUCAUAUUAGUAUUACAAUGCGACUUUAUCAUCGUCCUUAUAUCUCUAUAUCUCAACCGUUAACAAUUACUAUCUAUUUCUUGUUUUCACUCUUUUAUUGUUUCUUCUCAAACGGCCUUUCUGUAAAUAUGUAAAUAUGUAAAUAUUGAGAGAAUUAAGAAAAAACAUGACGUUAUUGGAUUUCCACUACAUUAGAGAUUUCUAUGAUGCAUUUUGAAAAAUGUAUCGUAGUUUUAUUUCAAGAAGUUUAGUUCAAUAUAUAUCUCCAGUUGGAGGAAAUAGGCUAUUUUAGUACCAAUCAUCUAAAAAAAAUAAGAAAAAAUAAAAAAGAAGUUGAGGAAAGAAGACGGAAAUUCGAGUUGAAAUGAAUCACUUCCGCAGACACCACUUCUCGUGCCUUCUUUAAUUGAACACAAGAUAUAUCAAACGUUCUCGAUGUAUAAUAAAAACGCAUAUUCAUAUACACAUAUGCGGUUAUAAUAGCAUAUAAAUUAAUAUUUUCAGAAGAUUAUAUGUAGACUUGGUAGAAAGCGAGCUUGAUAGUUUGCUCCCAGCGAAUUAAUUUGUUAAAUAAUGGUAAAGAAGAAUGACAGUAUAUGUUUUGUGAUUAAUAUGCUCACUAUUAUAUGUUAAAACCAUACAGAGAUAAAUGAAGAGGAUUUUAUCGUGUGCAUACCAAGCGUAAAAGAUUUUAUUGGUGAUAAUUAAUUCGCUGGUUAAUGGUCAAUUGUAAUGUGGGAAAUGGUGACUGAAUGGGAUUAAAAAGACACAACGAGAAUGUCUCUAAAAGGAAAUCAUGUGCCUUAUGUAAUGUAUUUAAAUCAAGAUAGUAUCACGCGACGUUUCAACUUGAUCAUGAGAUGAGAUCAGGGAUAUAUAAAUUGUAUAGUGUUAAAUAUUGUAAUAUAAACUGUCUAGAAAUAAACUAAUAAUAUUUCUUAGAAUAAAUCACAAUGUUGAAAGUGAUAAUUAUACAUAUAUGUUUUUAUAAAAUGUAUGCGCUCUCGUUCUCAAUGUACUGAAAUCGGCGCUGUAUGUCGAGAUUAUUACGAUCCUCGAGAAGAUAAAUAACUUUUGUCCGGCUUUGCUGGCGAAUUAUCAAAGAAAUAUCGAUAUGAAUCAUAAUUGACGCUAUAAAAAAAUUGAUAUUAGAUUGUAAAAGAUAUCUUGCUUGUAGACCGGAAGGAACAUUGCAAUACUAAGUAAUUAUAGUAUUGCAUACAUUUUCUCAAUUUCUUUGUAUCAAUUAAUAUUUUGCUUCAAGUUAUUCACGAAUCUCUCUCGUAAAAUACUUAUAUUGUAUCUGAAAUAAAUCUCAUGCGGUAUUGUGAUCAUACCUUCCAAAUAUUGUUCAUAUUUUAAUGAUAAGCCAAGGAAAUUGAUAUUCAGUGGAUUUCUAAAUAACAGUUGCCAAGCGAGCGAGAGGGAGAAGGCCAAUUCUGUAAAUCACUGUAGCAGACAGGGCAGUUACAUUAAUGUUUCAAUAUUCACGCUUAAUCGAGCUCAUUCGUGCAGCAUUAUCCAACACUAUUGCCUGUGCGAUCGCUUCGUACCGAGCUCUAAUUUAUCGUCUCACGAAUAAUAAAUUCAUGACAUGAUAUUAUAAUAAUUACUUUCAUGAGGCAACAUAUUGCGAUAAAGGAAUAUCACUCUCUUUUGCAUCGUCUGUCUGUUUUCACGUAAAUAUAAUUGCUAUAAGUUUUCAAAUAAUAUAUGGUCAGCAUUUUUUCCAGUUUGGUAUUAUAUUCUAAAAAUUGCGUAAUGUAAAUACAAUUUUAAUCUCGCUCAGAUUCUAAUUAUAUACCAUGCGAAUGUGUAUGAAAUAUAUAAUAAGGAAUAUGUUUCUUUCCAUAGUUGAAGAAUUCGCCAACCAAGUCCGAGGAUUGAGAUUGAAAGGGAAAUACGUUUGUGCCUUGCUUGCGAUUGUCACAGUAGUCAAGGCGGCAAUGUACAAUAAAAGCGUAAUCGUAAGCCAUAAUAAAUUACAUAUGCCAUAAUAUGUUUUACAUAACAGAUAUUUUAAAUAAGAGAUCGACUGACAAAAAGACCCUCUAUUGCGCGAAAAAUAAAUCUCCGCCAAAGUGCCUUGUAUGCGUGUGAGUGCAUUCGUGUGCGUGUUGCUUGUGUUUGUAUGUAGUACGUAUGCCACGUAUAUACUACAAGAGUCUGUCAGCAAGAAGCAUAAGGCGUAUAUAAGCAAUAUUUUUUAAGUCCAUACAAAAGGGAAGUCUCGGUUGCGAUCUCCCGCGUUUGUAGUCCAUGUAACACAAGUAUAUGUAUAUGUAUAUAUAUGUGUAUAUAAAUAAACGUAAUAGAGAAUUAGAGCGAAGAUUAUAGAAAGCACAUAUGAAUUUAUAUAUAUAUAUGCAUAUACAUAUAUAUAUGUAUAUAUACAUAUAGCGAAAGUUAUAUUUUGAUAUAUCAACUUAUACACGACGAAUGCGCCUUCUAAAUUCACCCGGUGCCUUCGAAUUGCUCGUGCCUUACAAUCUCCUGCGCGAGGAGAAAAUUCAGGACCAAAAAGCAUCGUGCAUGUACUCUUUAACGAGUACCUGUUUAUUACAUGUAAAAAGAAUCGAUCUUUUCUUGACAAGAUUCUGCACGUCCGAAAAUGCGAAUUGAAAAAUCAAUCUACGAAUAUCCACCAGUGCCCCCUCUUCACGUGCAAGCGUAAUAUCAGUAUUUUAAAAUUAUUUCUUAUUUAUUACUCUAUGUGACACAAAGAUUCCCUAAUCUCGGAAAGGAAUUCAAUAAGCUUAUGGAAUUUUGCGUGCGCCUUCAUUUCUAUAUCUUCCCGAUCAUGUACUUCGCAAGAACGUUGAGUUUCUCUUUUAUCACACCUUGUGUGCAAUCAAUAUAAUUCGUAUGACGAUUUAACCAUUACUCGGCGACUUGUUGCUCAUCGAUAUCUUAUCUUAUAUGUACAUACAUUUAUUGGCACAUACUUGGUGAACGAUACGAGAAAAAGAAGCACGCGGUCCCUGCGACGUACGGCAGCUCAAAAAUGCGGUAAUCGAGAACAGUUGAACAAUUUAUCGAUAUCUUCAUUGUUGUAAACGAUGACGAUUAAUAAUAACGAUGACGAUUAAUAACGAUAACAUCGUUCAUUUUGUAUUUAUUUGCGUAUAUAGUUUUCUAUUAAUGCCGAGUUUUACACAAAGUGAUCAUAUUCGUCAUUGUGAUUUAUCGAAAAGUAACAAAUGGAAGAAAAAAAGAGAAAGAGUGCUUACGAAUGUACGUGUGCAUAGCAGAAUGUCAGAGAGCGAGAGUAAAAAUAUAUUAUUUUAAUGUUCGAUGAGUGCAAGAGAAAGGCAUUGAGAUGAUUUUUUGUACGUUCCGAGACGCAAGAAUUAUUGUAUUAAAUAUUGUAUAAUAUGCACACUCAUAUAGAUUAUAUGAAACGUGCCAAAAUGUCAACAAAAUGUCCGUUUUGCACUUAUAAUGUCUUGGUAUGGCACGCUUCAUAUGAUAUAGAACUUUAUUCGAAUUUGAAAGAAAAUAUAAGAGAUUAUU